AAAAACAAUUGCAAAAUUCGUUGCACUUGACAACCGAAACCGUUAGUUGCCAUAAUUUGGACAUGUCGUGCGCUCGAUGAAGGCGUUACAAAAAUUUCUAGUAAUUCACCGACAGGAUUAACAAUGUUUUCCCGGGCCGCUAAAUCAAUCGUGAAGACCAUCAGUCAGCGGAAGUAUCACGUUGGUGAUGAAAACAAGCUGGCGAUGAUUGGAGGCACAGGUGGAAUUAGCCGAUCCUUGUCGCAGAUGCUGAAGCAAACCUCAAAGCUCGAUGUCCUCGCGUUGUACGACGUGGCUUCGUUGAAUAAAAGAUUUACAUCGAUACCGAACCGCCUGCAUAAUCUCAACAUCGGUGAACCGAUUAAUUCCGAGAAACCGACGCUGUUCUCGAUGUUGGAAAAAUCACAAUCGAGUAGAGGCAACAUCGAACCGGUUGAAACCCAAGAACUAAUUGAAAACCUACGUCGUCUACCCCUCGCCGAAGAGAGUGCAGCAGAGCAAAUAAUGAAAACCGACAGAAUGGGAUCGCAGCUGCAGCCAACACCGGGGUCCCUGAACAGGCACCAACAUCAGAAUGAUAAGGUUUUCGAAGGCAAACACGAAGACAGAACGGAAUCUUUGGGAAACCUUCGGAGAUUUUCGAAGGCGACGCUUAGGAACUGCCUUCGAGCAAAGAGCCAAUACUGUUUGGGAUCAUCUUUUGGAAAUUAUUCAGGAAACACUUGGAAUUGGGCGUGUUCGUCGAUAUUACAUAACCCAGGACUCGUCUCUGCUAGAAACUUCGGCACCAGGUCUAAUGUGGUCUGGUUAUCGAACGAACUGACCAACUACAUAAAGCAAGAACAAACGAGGUUUCUUCAAACGACCUCCAAUCUGAUGGGGAAAGGUAAGAAGAAGCCACCCUCGACGCGUCCGCCAAAGUCGCCAGGUUCGAGUAAUCAAAGGAGAGGACCAUGCAGACAGCCCAGCGAACGUCAGAAGCCCUGCCCUCCAAUGGAAAAGUGUAUCCCACCGGCACCACCUUGCUGUCGUCGACGACCAGUGAACCCCAAGUGUCCCGACCGUCCUCGACCACCUUGUCCACCACCGUGUCCCACUCCGUGUCCCAAACCACCGGAGAAGCCUCCACCACCAAAAAUAUGCUACCGAAAGUGUCCUCCGCCACCGAAGCUGCCGAGACUUCCAAGACCUCCAAAGAUUCCAGCCCCACCGCCACCUCCACCGCCGCCGAAGAUACCUAAACCACCCAGGUGCCCUCCACCCUGUCCACCGCCUCCUGCACCGCCCCUUCCCAAGUGUCCGAGAGCUCCAAAGUGUCCCGAGUGUCCACCGCAAAAGGAAUGUCCACCACCACCGCCUUGCGAACCCUGUCCUUGCCCGUUACCAUGUCCGCCACCCUGUUGCCCACCACCGCCACCUUGUCCACCUUGCCCCCCGCCGAUCCCCUGUCCCAAACCUCUACCUUGCCCACCUCCGCCUGCACCAAGAGCCUGCCCACCAUGUCCACCUUGUGCGGAAUGUCCCGAGCCUCCACCCUGUCCGCCGCCACCCCCCUGCUGCCCUUGUCCCUGUCCUAAACCACCUCCUCCGUGUCCUUGCCCUAAACCCUGUCCACCUUGCAAGAAAGCAGCAAAGCCGACUAAAUGCCCAGACGAUGUUCCAUCCUGUCCGAAGUGUCCCAAAAGGAACCCAAAGAAAAGAAAGAUGUCUACGUAUCAGGUGAUCUCUAGAUUUCUUCCUCUAAGAAAUCAGUAUAGAAAGCUGCACGUAUCUACGAUGCUGUUGAAGAAAUCGGACAAGUCCAGUUGCGAGAACGUGGGAGAUAUAUGCCAGGGUGAUAAGUCAAACACCUGCGCGAAAUCCUGCAGGAGGGAUGACUGUGGCAAGAAGAGGCAAAAGUGCAGCGAUCAAUCGAAGAAAAUGCAGAAAAAGAAAUGGAAGAAGAAGAAGAGGAAGAAGAAGAAGAAGGAAGAUUGCAUACAGACGUGUAUACCAAUUGGAAAGUGUCAAAUUCCUCAGUUCACCAAACCACCGAAGAUGGAGUAUGGACCGGCAAAGUGUCCCGCGCCGAAGUUUGCCUCACCGAAACCAUGUCCAGAACCACCUGAGCAGGAGCCCUGCGUGGAAGUUCGAACUUUAGCGAAACCGAAGGAGAUUUGCCCGCCUCUUCCUCUUCCUAAACCACCUACCGAUCCUGUAGUACUUUGUCCUUGUCCACCACCCCCGAAAAUGCAUCCUGGUCCGUGUCCUUGUUACGAUACGAAGAAAGAGAAAAAAGAACAAUCGAAGCCUGUGAAACCGUGUAACGUUAGAGAAAAGUAUGUCUGUCCACUGGAGGCUCACUACUGUCCCCAGGAUAAGCAGGAUUGCAAGAGGCAGAAACCUUGCGAUUCCAAGAGAUCGGAGAAGAAAAAGAAAAAGAAACCUUGAAGGGCACGAUAGAAGAGGAGACUUGGGUACGGAACGAAACAAUCGCAGAGAGGAUCUCAGUUUUCAGCGAAGUCUAAUCAGAUAAUGAUAUUCGGUCUCCUGGAUCCAGUGGUGGUUUAAUGAUUUUCGGUUGACUCGUCUACCAGCUGUUCGUUCGACGAUUAAAAAAUUCUAUUGCUUCUUCAUUUUCGAACUGAUCCGAAGAGAAUCUGAAGAACGAAACGCAAAAGGGUGGAGGAAUCGACUGUUCGUGUGUAUUCUUUGUCGCGUGUCUGACGCGUUGCUUUCGUCUUAAAUUCGUCGAGUCUCAUCACGUACAUCCUCGAGGAUCCUGAAGAAGGUGAAAAGCCGUGACAGAACGCUGCACCGUGUCGUUUUCAGAAUCACGAACGAGCCUCAUCGGACACGCGACACUCGAUAUACAUUUGAUUAAUUUUUUUUAUUUCUCUAAGAGUCCAAGUACUAAAUUCGAGUAGACUUCGCGAAUGGAAAACUGUCGAUCCCUUUCUGCGUUUCUGCGGCAUGGAAGAUUAGCUCGGGAAAAACGCACCAUCAUCGAGGCUCAGUUUGAAAAAUUCUGUUGUACAACCUUAGCGAGACGAGAAAUUCCGUCGACGAAAUUAAAUAAAUCUUUUACACAUGGAUCGCUUA